AUGGUGCUGUCUGAGGAGAAGGCUCCAGCAGAUCAACAGCCAUCCAAUGCUGCCUUGUCUUCUAACCUGGAGCAACACAACAAGCUGGCGUCUUCGGACGACCAGCAGGACACGUUCAGUGGGCUUUCUUUCAAGGUGGGCGUGGCUGAGAAUAGGAAUGCUACCUAUAGGGCCAAAAUGGAGGAUGUACACACAUAUGUUGCCAACUUUGCUGAAAAGCUCGACUGGGGGUAUUUUGCCAUUUUCGACGGGCACGCUGGUAAAUCGACAGCCCGCUGGUGUGGCAACAAUUUGCAUACUUUGAUUGAACAGGAAAUACUAGCAAAAGAGGCUGGCGCCAACUGCGGCCUGGGUGCUUCGCCUGCAAGUUUAUGUGACGUGAAGGAUGUGUUCCAUAAUGUGUUUGUGAAAGCAGAUGAGCUUAUUGAGGAAGAAGGCAGCGGAUCUGCUGGUUCGACCGCUGCGGUGGCCAUCUUGCGUUGGGAAUCAAACGACCAACUGCUGGCGCUGGGCAAACUGGAAUCUCAAAAGCCAAGCAAGAAGUUUGACUUUGUUCCUGGGCCACAACACAAACGAAUGUUAUACACUGCUAAUGUGGGUGACCUGCGAAUUGUAAUCUACCGAGCCGGUAAGGCUUACAGGUUGACUUAUGACCAUAAAGCAUCAGACCUGAGUGAAAUAGACCGUGUGAGAAACAACGGAGGGCUCAUCGUUAAGAAUAGAGUAAAUGGCGUUUUAGCCAUUACGAGAUCUCUAGGUGAUUCAUACAUCAAGAACCUAGUAACAGGGAAGCCAUUUACCACUUCUACAGAGGUUACCCCAGAAGACGAAUUCCUAAUAUUGGCUUGCGAUGGUGUGUGGGAUGUUAUAAGCGACAACCACGCAUGCAAGUAUGUGAGUGACAUUUUCAAGCAACAACAACAAAAUAACGAACCCAUUGAUCCUGCUAAAGCAGCCAAGAAGCUAUGUCAGCUAGCCAUUGACAAUGCCACGACAGAUAAUGUCACUGCUAUGGUGGUGAAGUUCGAUCCAUCCGUUUUUACUGCAGAAUAG